UAUAUUUAUUGUUGGGCUAAAUUAGAUCAAAACAAGUUCACCGAAGGCCAUUCAUACGAUAAUAAGAAUUUUAAAUUCCAAAUUUUUGCUAAGUUUUGUGUUGAUAGGAAGUUAUGGCUCCGGUUGAACGUUCUAAGUUUUCCCUGAUUGAGUUGUCUGUGUUGGCAAUAAGCGACAUUAUUCAAGAACUGAUUAAAGCCCAUGAAAAUGGAAAAGACCUCAAUCUUAAUAAAAUUAAAACUCAAAUUUCAUCCAAGUAUGGAUUGCCAUCCACGCCGAAGCUGGUGGAUAUCAUUGCUGCAGUACCCAUAGAACAUAGAAAAAUUCUGGUUCCUAAGUUGAAAGCAAAACCAAUUAGGACUGCUAGUGGGAUAGCUGUUGUUGCUGUAAUGUGCAAACCUCAUCGAUGUCCACAUAUAUCAAUGACUGGAAACAUUUGUGUUUAUUGUCCUGGUGGCCCUGAUUCUGACUUUGAAUACUCAACCCAAUCUUACACUGGCUAUGAACCAACUUCCAUGAGAGCAAUAAGGGCAAGAUACAAUCCUUACCUUCAGACGCGUCAACGCGUUGAACAGCUAAAGCAACUUGGUCAUAGCGUUGACAAAGUAGAAUUCAUUGUGAUGGGAGGAACCUUCAUGUCUCUUCCUGAGGACUAUAGGGAUUAUUUUAUCAGAAACUUGCAUGAUGCUCUUUCAGGUCACACAAGCAAUGAUGUGGCUCAGGCUGUAGAGUUUUCCGAAAGAAGUCUAACCAAAUGUAUCGGAAUUACGAUCGAAACGCGACCAGAUUAUUGUCUUAAAAGACAUCAAUCUGACAUGUUAAAAUACGGAUGCACGAGGUUGGAAAUCGGUGUUCAAUCGGUUUACGAAGACAUCGCACGAGACACAAACCGCGGACAUACAGUUAAGGCGGUUUGCGAAAGUUUUCAUUUGGGAAAGGAUUCUGGUUUCAAAAUCGUUUCCCAUAUGAUGCCGGAUUUGCCAAACGUCGGAUUAGAGCGUGAUAUCGACCAAUUUAUAGAAUUUUUCGAAAAUCCUCUAUUUCGAGCUGAUGGAUUAAAAAUUUAUCCUACAUUGGUAAUCCGCGGUACCGGCCUGUAUGAGCUCUGGAAAACAGGCCGUUAUCGAUCCUACCAUCCCAAUGUGUUAGUCGAUCUGGUCGCAAAAAUUUUGGCUCUAGUACCCCCAUGGACCCGAAUCUACCGCGUACAACGAGAUAUUCCAAUGCCGCUCGUUAGCUCCGGAGUAGAAAAUGGAAACCUCCGUGAAUUAGCAUUAGCGAGGAUGGUAGAGUUUGGAAUAGACUGCAGGGAUGUCCGAACAAGAGAAGUAGGAAUUCAAGAAGUGCACCACAAAGUCCGCCCUUACGAGGUCGAAUUGAUACGUCGUGAUUACGUAGCCAACGGCGGAUGGGAAACUUUCCUUUCGUACGAAGAUCCUGAACGUGACAUCUUGAUUGGCUUACUACGAUUGCGCAAGUGUUCGUCACAAGCCUUCCGUCCGGAGCUACAAGGAGGAGUCUCUAUCGUACGUGAACUACAUGUUUACGGUAGUGUGGUCCCUGUAAGCGGUAGAGACCCAAGAAAAUUUCAACAUCAAGGUUUUGGGACAUUAUUAAUGGAAGAGGCUGCGCGCGUCGCAAAAGAAGAACAUAAGUCCUUCAAGAUAGCUGUCAUCUCAGGGGUUGGCACAAGAAACUAUUAUCGCAAGUUGGGUUAUCAACUGGAGGGUCCUUACAUGACGAAAUUAUUAAAUUAAUUCCCUGAAACUCUUGUAUAAAAAAAAUACAUGCAUUUUGGAAAAUA